AUGCCUAGUCCCCAAGCCAGAUAUGGUCCCCCAGGGUCCUCAAUCCAGCCCACCGGUAUUUACAGACUCUCCCCGUCGGGGGUUGGGGUGGAAACCAAGCAGCCACUUCAGCCGCUCUCCGGCCUCAGCAGCCACCAAGCACCCACCGGGACUGGGCUGGAACCAAACUACAGCCCAGCCCCUGACACUGCUGGGCUGGAACCAAACUACAGUCCGGCCUCUGACACCCCUGGGCUAGAACCAAACUAUAGUCCGGCCUCUGACACCCCUGGGCUAGAACCAAACUAUAGUCCGGCCUCUGACACCCCUGGGCUAGAACCAAACUAUAGUCCGGCCUCUGACACCCCUGGGCUAGAACCAAACUAUAGUCCGGCCUCUGACACCCCUGGGCUAGAACCAAACUAUAGUCCGGCCUCUGACACCCCUGGGCUAGAACCAAACUAUAGUCCGGCCUCUGACACCCCUGGGCUAGAACCAAACUAUAGUCCGGCCUCUGACACCCCUGGGCUAGAACCAAACUAUAGUCCGGCCUCUGACACCCCUGGGCUAGAACCAAACUACAGUCCGGCCCCUGACACCCCUGGGCUAGAACCAAACUACAGUCUGGCCCCUGACACUGCUGGGCUGGAACCAAACUACAGUCCGGCCUCUGACACCCCUGGGCUAGAACCAAACUAUAGUCCGGCCUCUGACACCCCUGGGCUAGAACCAAACUACAGUCCGGCCUCUGACACCCCUGGGCUAGAACCAAACUAUAGUCCGGCCUCUGACACCCCUGGGCUAGAACCAAACUAUAGUCCGGCCUCUGACACCCCUGGGCUAGAACCAAACUAUAGUCCGGCCUCUGACACCCCUGGGCUAGAACCAAACUAUAGUCCGGCCCCUGACACCCCUGGGCUAGAACCAAACUACAGUCCGGCCUCUGACACCCCUGGGCUAGAACCAAACUAUAGUCCGGCCUCUGACACCCCUGGGCUAGAACCAAACUAUAGUCCGGCCUCUGACACCCCUGGGCUAGAACCAAACUAUAGUCCGGCCUCUGACACCCCUGGGCUAGAACCAAACUACAGUCCGGCCUCUGACACCCCUGGGCUAGAACCAAACUACAGUCCGGCCCCUGACACCCCUGGGCUAGAACCAAACUACAGUCUGGCCCCUGACACUGCUGGGCUGGAACCAAACUACAGUCAGGCCUCUGACACCCCUGGGCUAGAACCAAACUAUAGUCCGGCCUCUGACACCCCUGGGCUAGAACCAAACUACAGUCCGGCCCCUGACACUCCUGGGCUAGAACCAAACUACAGUCCGGCCCCUGACACUCCUGGGCUAGAACCAAACUACAGUCCGGCCCCCGACACUCCUGGGCUAGAACCAAACUACAGUCCGGCCCCUGACACUCCUGGGCUAGAACCAAACUACAGUCCGGCCCCUGACACUCCUGGGCUAGAACCAAACUACAGUCCGGCCCCCGACACUCCUGGGCUGGAACCAAACUACAGUCCGGCCUCUGACACUCCUGGGCUAGAACCAAACUAUUGUCCGGCCCCUGACACUCCUGGGCUGGAACCAAACUAUUGUCCGGCCCCCGACACUCCUGGGCUGGAACCAAACUAUUGUCCGGCCCCUGACACCCCUGGGCUAGAACCAAACUACAGUCCGGCCCCUGACACUCCUGGGCUAGAACCAAACUACAGUCCGGCCCCUGACACUCCUGGGCUAGAACCAAACUACAGUCCGGCCCCCGACACUCCUGGGCUAGAACCAAACUACAGUCCGGCCCCUGACACUCCUGGGCUAGAACCAAACUACAGUCCGGCCCCUGACACUCCUGGGCUAGAACCAAACUACAGUCCGGCCCCCGACACUCCUGGGCUGGAACCAAACUACAGUCCGGCCCCCGACACUCCUGGGCUAGAACCAAACUAUUGUCCGGCCCCUGACACUCCUGGGCUGGAACCAAACUAUUGUCCGGCCCCCGACACUCCUGGGCUGGAACCAAACUAUUGUCCGGCCCCUGACACUCCUGGGCUGGAACCAAACUAUUGUCCGGCCCCCGACACUCCUGGGCUAGAACCAAACUAUUGUCCGGCCCCCGACACUCCUGGGCUGGAACCAAACUAUUGUCCGGCCCCUGACACUCCUGGGCUGGAACCAAACUAUUGUUUGGUCCCUGACACUCUGGGGCUGGAACCAAACCACAGUCCGGCCCCCGACACUCCUGGGCUGGAACCAAACUAUAGUCUGAUCCCCGACAGUGUCUGA